UUUUGCUACCGUAGCUUUUUAAUGCUAAUUUAUGUUUUUCUUGCUGCAUUGGAGCAUCCAGUUGUCUGGAAUCACUUAAGUUUGUCCUCAAAAUACAUCGGCAAGAUAAGCCGCAAGAUCAUUUUCAGAAGGAUUGUCUCAUCAGUUGGCAGCGGUGAAACAGCCUGUCUGCUCGUGCAUGAGCGCAUGUCUUUGCAUGUAGUGUGUAGGUGCCAAAUGUGCUUCAUAUUGUGUGUGUGUGUGUGUGUGUAUGUGUUAGUGAGAGCACAUGUAGUCCUCCAUCUUUAACCCUGCCUUUUUUGUGUGUGUAUUUCAGCUAAUAGCCAGUUUGAAGAGGGAGAUCCAGUCUCUGAAGGACGAGCUGGCCAUGAAGACAGGAGAACAGAGAGAUGAGCAGCUAACUGUGGAGGAGAUCCAGAGGGUGGAAGAGCUAGUCAAGGCCUUCCUGGAGGAACCUGAUCCAGACGUGACACUGUCUUUGGGACCAGACAUGAGAAAACUCCAGCACUGUUUCUCCCUGCUGAAGAUAAUGAUCAUGGACAAGCAAAGUGGAGGCCAUAGACAUGGUGAUGGUCAAGCGUCACCAGCAGCAAAAGUAAUUCAAGAGAGCCCCCACUCUGCAGCAGAAGUGACCAAACUAAAGGAGAUGAUGACGCAACGUGAUGAUGAGAUCAGUAUCUUAGUUAAGAUGCUGAAGAAGGAGAAAAAAAAGGCCCUGGAUGCUGCUGCUCAGCUUGCUAACAUCCCCAAUGGCGAGAGCCUGGCUUCCCAGAGUUCCUCGAGGCUGACAGCAGCGCCACUGUCGAGGGAAGGAAGCACGGUCACUAUCUCAGCCGACUAUGGGGGACGAGCUAUACAGUACAUGAGAAGAGGCCCACAGCUGUCUAUGGGAAAGCAAGAGGCCUUUGAGACCUUCAUAAGGGACCACGAGGACCAUCUGACUAUUGAGGACAACAAGGAGCUACUCAAACAGAGGUCAGCUGAGGCCAGAAGAUUUGGGGAGAAACUAAAUGAGGCCAGAAACCGAAUAAAUGAGCUGAAGAAGCAGUUAGCGUUGCAGAGGGGGCAGAGGGCAGCUCUUGGUGUAACGGAGAAUCGCCCAAAGGUUGAGGAAGAGGUCGACCCGGUUGAAGAAAACCUGUGCAAACACAUCGAGCAGGAGAAAAAGGCUUACAAGAGCACCAUUGACCAUCUAAAAGCGCUGAGGACCGAGAUUGAGCACCUGCAGCUGUUGUUGGAGAGGGCAAAGGUCAAGCUCCAGAGAGACUUCCAUAAGUGGUGGAGCCAGGAGGCUUCCAGCAUGCAGGAGUCAGAGGCCACGGCAAGAUGUCACACAGGGUCGCCACAUGGAACCUUGCAGCUGCCUUCGCCUAGCACUCCAGGAUUUCGGGCCCUCUCCACCACCAAGCUCUCAUCCUCCUCUAUUCCCCUGACUGGAGACCAGCAGACUGAUGCUGACAUCCUGGCCUUUGUCAAAGCCAGGCAAAACCUCCUGAACAGAACAGGUCAACAUCAGUAAUAACAAGUUCUGACAUGAAUUUAUCGUCAUCUGACUGCUCGUACCACCUCCACAUCUGUCCUAAAAACGUGUAUAAAACACUAUCGAGAAAAGAUGGACUUUGAAUCAAGAUGUGUGAACAAAUCAUCUCAUCUGGAUCCAAAACAUACUAGCUUUCACCUAAAAUAAGAGAUCUCAUCACAAGCCUCACAUCCUGUCUGACUUUAUUUGCAUACACACACCGGAGAGUAUGCCUUUGGCAUAAUGUGCAGCAGAAUAAAUCACAGCCUGCGCCGGCCAUUUGAUCUGAACAAAUGUUGUCUCAAGAUAUCAGACGAAGGAGCGGGCAACUGGAAGCCAGUUGGCUCCAAUAUUUGUUUAAAGAAGAAAAUCGUCACAGGAAGUUUCCACAUGCACAAUGACAAAUGCAUUUUUCAUUUCUGUCUGCUUUCAUUUUAUUCCACAUGUAACACAUUUUGUGUAAAAUGUUGUAAACAGAGGUAUGUCAAAUGUUUACGGAUAAAUAUAAAUCUGCAGAAAAGAUGAAAAAAUUAAAAAAUAAAGCUACAACACAGUAGAGUAUACUUUUACUAGCCUCCAUUGUUUAUGAGAUUAUUCAGCAUGUGAAGUUGGCACUGACAAACACAUGAUGUCAGCUGUUUGCUCCCCCACUACCUUUCUGCCUGUCCUGUUCAGUUUUGUGAACGUUCUGAUCGAUGAAAUAGCAGAAUGGACUCCCUUAAAAUAUUCUUCACAAACUACAGCCAUGAAGGGUAUAGAUGUUUAGUUUCAUUAGUCAUUAGUUCAAAUACUAAAAUUGAUUCCACAUUACGCUGGUAUAUAGAAAUCCCCCCUUAGAUACAUUACAAAUGCAGUAUUGAAGAGUUCUCCUUAAAACACAAGCCUGUAUCACAUAGUACAUGAGAUGAUGAAAGCAAAUUAUAUGAGCAAAAUCAAUUCUUGUGUAGCUGUUAUUUAAUGGGUAAUCUGUUCCUUAAAAUACAUCCGUCUGUGCUCACUUCUAUUGAGGGACGUGGGGAGGUGGAGCCUAUCCCAGCAUGCACUGGGCAGAAGGCAGGGAAACACCCUAGAAAUGCAUCUGUACAGGGCUUCCUUAAGAUGCAGUAUUUCAAAUUCAAAUAAGGUUAAGAACAUUUCGUAGCAUGGAGUAUUGAUUAUUAUGUAUUGAGCUGAAUGGAUGCUUAUAUUCAAUUAUGGCAACAUUUCAUUGAAUAGUUCAGUGCAGAUAAAUAGCAGUCAAACUAUCCGACCGCCCCGGAGCUCCUGACAUUCACUGUAUCCGUAAACGUCGGCGGUAAUCAAAAUCGGCCCAUCCCGGUUCAGACACACCUUCCCUGGACAGAAAACAACCUGUGAAGAUUGGAGGCAACCUGUUUGCAUAGCUUUGCCUUGAUUUGUUUGGCAGAUGACAAGCAGCUGCACAAUUUGCAUCCAGUUGCCUGGGAGAAGGAGCCCUCUUUAAUUAAGUCAUCUGUUAUUUCUUUCAGUAAUGGAUUUGGACUUUAUAUAUCUGACCACUUAAAGUGCUGUACACUACAUGUUAACAUUCACCCAUUCGCUUUACCUCUGAGCCACAGAUUUCAGUGACUUUCUAAAGAAAUAUUUCCACCUCAGAGGCAGGGGUAGCUAAUUAAUGCGUUUUGGUUUUACACCAAUUCCACCAGCCCAGAGGCUGCUGUUCCAUUUCAAGUGUAAAAUUUGUUUUUAACCCUCUGGUUGAUUUUGGCUAAUUUCUGCAGACUUUCUAUGCAUUCCAUUUCUUUUUCCAUCUUUGUUUUGCAUAUUUUAAACACCACAUGCAUGGCUUCUGUUUCUCAGCACAAAUGCAGCUAUAAGUCUGAAGUAUGAAGCUGCCAGGAACCCCAAAAAAACAUAUAUAUUCAUUCUUGCUCUAAAUAUUAUUAUAGAACAGUUCUAGAAUUUAUUUAUACAGCAGAAACAUGUAGGAAAUAUAGUGCAUUUGCAUGUGUGUACAUUUUAUUUAAGCUUUUUCAUAUACAUACAUAUGUAUGCCUUUAACUUUCUCUCAAAAAAUGCAUUUACACUGCCACCAAACCGGCUGUGAUCCCGGCGCUGGGAUUUGUGCUAGCUGAUUUUGAGUUGCUAGGUCUGUCUACAAAGCUGCGGUAGGGGGUGAGGCUGAGGAACCUGAGAGUGCGCUGGCCUGCUAAUUAUUCUACGUCGGUAAAUUCAUCAAAUUCAGUGGCCGUAUUGCUAUUUUCUAAGCUACUGUGUCUGUCAUCUUUUGUGGAGACUGACCUUCAUUUAGCUUUUGUAGCAACUCGAAUUCAGCCAGCAUUAAAACCCCAGCAUCAGGGGUCACAGCGGGCUGGUGGGUCUCAUCUGUGUAAGGGCGGCAGCAGAAAGUUUGCUGAUCCCGCUGGGAGCCGGGGCGGUCCAGGAUCAGACCUCUGACACUUGGUCUUGCACUGGCUGAUUUUGAGUUGCUACUGAAGCUAACUGAAGGUCCGUCUCCACGAAAAAGAUUUUUAUUAAAAUCAAAGUUAUGUUCCUAUGAAGAAAACAUACUCAGUGUGUUGACCAAUGAAUAUACAGCCUCCAGAGGGUGUGUUUAAUAACUGUUGUAGCAUUGGGACAACAUAUUAGGCUACAUAAUGUCAUGAUAUGUAAGUAGCAUCUUUGGAAAGUUAUUUUCAGGAAGACAAGCAGUGACUUUGGGACACCAACAGCAGGACUGGAAGUUGUUAUGAUAAUUAUAGCUGUCAUUAUUGGCCUCUUCUCUGAAGUCGAUUAUUUUCUUACAUCUUCUCAGGCUAUUUUAACAUGCCAGCUUUCUAAACACUGCAGCCAUAAAACCCCGUUAAGUUCUCUUGUGACACAUCUUUCAACUCUUUGGUUUAUGGCCCACAGUCAAGUAGUGCUCCUCUCACCUCUCCACAGUCCACAAUUCAAAAGCAAUUUCUGCAAAGUAAUUUCAGGAAUCCAGUAGUUUGGUUGAAAUAGUCCUCCGAUAAAAUGACUCCCCUGCAAUGUUGUAUUGUAUUGAAAGGCUCUGGUAUCAGCGCUGUGGGUGCUCAGACAACAGUCGGGUAAAAUAUUAACUUUCGUUCCGCUGACAAGAUGCUGCCACCGCUUCUUUAUUAGUGGAAACGGUUGAAAGUGUAUGUGUGUGAGUCCAGAUGUCGUGCUAAUGGUGAAGAGGGGUGUGAUCGUUACCCGAGCAACCCAUAAAUCAAAGCCCAGACAUCUAUGAUACUCAGACCAAUCAGAGUAAGAGCAUUGAGUCGAGAUCUUUUACCUUUAGAGGAUUAUCCAGUUAGAGCCGUCACCCCAAGAUGCCAAACAUCAACUUUUUCUCACUGUUGCUGUGAUUUAAAUCUGUCUGUAAAAGCAAUUUGAAUACAUUUUUGUUUCCAUUUUUGACUCUUUCCUACUCACUCUUUUGGAGAAGAAUGCCACACUCUGCAGUAGUGGAAGCAAUCUUUAGGGAGCUACCCAUGAGAUCUGUGUAUUUCAUCAAGUCUUUGAUUGUUAGUCCUUUCUGAAGUGAUUGACCUCUUCUCUGAGCUCGCGCAUCGUUUGGGUCCAUUCCGGUGCUCGAGGAGGUUGAUGGC